GGUGGAUUCAAAUGUUCAGGCCUGGUUCCGGGGCCUGAAUUAUCGUCGGAGUGGCGGUUUGUUUUCGCUUUCACAGAGGGCGUGAGCUUCUUUGUGGUGCUGGGAGGACGUCGGAAGUUGAGGUGGCUGGUGCUGGAGGCACAGAAUGGCGCUCUCGACCACAGUCUCUCAGAGUAAACGGAUAAAGCGGAAGGCUCCUCGCAGCUUCUUGAAGCGCAUUUUCAAGCGACAGAAGCCUCACCUUCGUCUGGAGUCAAGUUGUGACUUACUGGUACAUCUGAACUGUUUACUGUUUAUUAGACGAUUAGCAGAAGAGUCCAGGGCAAAUGCGUGUAAGAACAAGUGUGGAAUCAUUAAAGACCAGCAUGUACUGCCUGCAGCAAAGGUUAUUCUAAAGAAGAGCAGAGGUUAGAAGUCAAAGAACACACUUUUGAAAUUAUAUAUUUUUUUAUUUUCGUUGGUAACAGAUCAUGAAAGCACUUUUUACAUAUCCGUUAAUACUGUAUAUUAUUAAAA